GGAACCAUCUUUCUUAAGGGCAACAUUAACGCCUCCGCCGCCAUUUUUGUGCAGGGAAGAAAGGCCCUGAGGGGGAAGAUGAUGACAGCCGGCCCGGCUUGGGACUGAGGCGGAGAGAGACGCCAUGCCGCUGGUCGUCCUCUGCGGGCUGCCGGGAAGCGGCAAGACCCGGCGCGCCGAAGAGCUGAAGGCGGCGCUGAGCGCCGAGGAGGCCUCAGAGCGGCGCGUUUUCGUGGUGGCCGAGGCCGACUUGGGCGCCGGCGGCGGGGACGGCGUUGCCCGGGCUGCUCUGAGGGCGGAGGCCGAGCGCCUGCUGAGCCGCCGCGACGUGGUGCUGGUGGACUCGGGCGCCGAGCUGAAGAGCUUCCGCUACGAGCUGUACUGCCUCAGCAAGCACGCGGGGACGCCGCACUGCGUGCUCCUGUGCCCGGGAGGCGCCGCCCGCCCGGACCGGCCUCCCCUGGAGCCGCCCGACUCGCGCCACCGCUGGGACUGGCCGCUCUUCGUGGCGCCCGCCGACCCCGCCGAGCCGCUGCCUUGGCCCGAGAUCCGCGCCGCCCUCUUCGAGCGCCGCCCGCCGCCGCCCAACCAGUCCACGCGCUCGCAGCCCCUGCAGGCCGCCGGCUUCCUGCACCGCCUCGACCGUCUCACGCAGGACGUGCUGGCCGCCCUCAUGGCCGCCCAGAGGAACGGAGCCCAGCCGGGCCAGUUCGUGCCGCUCGCGGUGGACGGGCUGUCGCAGGCAGGCGGCGGGGAGCCUCCGGGGCUGCUGCUGACCCGGCCCGUCAGCCUGGCGGAGCUGAGCCGGCUCCGGAGGCAGUUCCUCAGCUACGCCAAGAUGCACCCGGGUGAAGGCGAGGGCGACCUGCCGCAGCUUGGAAGCAUGUUCCUGCAGUACCUGGGCCGCAACCUCCAGUGAGGAGGGGCUGGAAGCCGCCGAGCCGAAAGGAAAGCAAGCCCGAGGGGACGGAGCAGGCGCGCCGUGGGAUUUGGGGGGGGGGGGGCGCCCGCCCGCUAUGCACCUGCAGUACACAAGAGCCGAAGGAGCCUCCCCGACCAUGAAGGGAGUUUGUCUGCUGCUGGAGCUUUUGGCUCUGGGUCGACUUUGCCGUCUAAACCCGAGAGAGGAAUGCACCUCCUGCCUAUCAUUUUAAGUGUGUCGAACUGGUCCGAAACCGAUCUUGGCAAAAGGGGGUCAGGAUUAUUGUAAAUAAAUGAGUUUUUCCUCUCCGCAGGUCA